CAGAGUGACCACGCCGUCAGUCCGACACUACCCGACCCAGUUAGUGCGGCUCCGCGCUUGACGGCCUCUUUUGCAGCUGUUGCCGUGAGUGCCGUAAAGCGGACUUGUCGCCGCUGCUGUGGAGGGAGCUGCCAUGAGCUGAGAAGCUUUCCUCUACCAGGCCCUUCCAUCAUGAUUUUCUGCCUCACUUCAAACCCAGAGCCAUGAAGCCAGCUGACCAUUGACUGAGACCUCUUAAACUAAAACAAGAUUAUCUUCCUAUCCAAAAAGAUGAAAACCUGGCUACAUUUGAAAGACAACCAAGUGAACACCACAGACUAAUGAGUAGAAUCAAUAAGAACGUGAUUUUGGCCCUUUUAACAUUGACAAGUUCAGCAUUUCUGCUAUUUCAGUUGUACUACUACAAGCAUUAUUUAUCAGCAAAGAAUGGAAUUGGUUUGUCAAAAUCCAAAGGAAGCAGAAUCGGAUUUGAUAGCACACAAUGGCGUGCAGUUAAAAAAUUUAUUAUGCUAACAUCCAGCCAAAAUGUACCAGUGUUCCUUAUUGAUCCUUUGAUUCUGGAACUGAUUAGUAAAAACUUUGAACAAAUCAAAAAUACUUCUCAUGGCUCCACUUCAGAAUGCAAGUUUUUCUGUGUUCCGAGAGAAUUUACUGCAUUUGCACUACAGUAUCACCUGUGGAAGAAUGAAGAAGGCUGGUUUCGGAUAGCUGAAAAUAUGGGAUUUCAGUGCCUAAAGAUUGAAAGCAAAGAUCCUCGGCUAGAUGGGAUAGACUCACUUUCUGGAACUGAAAUCCCCCUGCACUAUAUCUGCAGAUUGGCCACUCAUGCCAUCCAUUUGGUGGUCUUUCAUGAAAGAAGUGGCAACUACCUCUGGCAUGGCCAUCUACGACUCAAAGGACACAUUGACAAGAAAUUUUUUCCUUUUCGAAAGUUACAGUUUGGUCGUUAUCCUGGUGCUUUUGACAGGCCAGAAUUACAGCAAGUUACUAUUGAUGGACUAGAAGUUCGUAUUCCAAAAGAUCCAGUGCACUUUCUGGAAGAAAUACCACACUCUAGGUUUAUUGAGUGCAGAUAUAAAGAAGCUCGAGCAUUCUUGCAGCAGUACCUUGAUGAUAACACUGUGGAAGCUAUGGUUUUUCGGAAGAGUGCUAAGGAAUUAUUGCAACUAGCAGCCAAAACGUUAAAGAAAUUGGGAGUACGCUUUUGGCUGAGCAGUGGAACUUGCUUAGGAUGGUAUCGGCAGUGCAAUAUUAUUCCUUAUAGCAAAGAUGUUGACCUAGGGAUUUUUAUACAAGAUUACAAAUCUGAUAUUAUUAUAGCAUUUCAGGAUGCAGGACUUCCACUCAAACACAAGUUUGGGAAGGUGGAAGACAGCUUGGAACUCUCCUUCCAGGGAAAAGAUGAUGUAAAACUUGACAUUUUUUUCUUCUAUGAAGAGACUGACCAUAUGUGGAAUGGAGGCACUCAGGCCAAAUCAGGAAAAAAAUUUAAAUACCUGUUUCCCAAGUUUACACUGUGCUGGACUGAAUUUGUAGACAUGAAGGUCAAUGUGCCCUGUGAAACCAUCGAAUACAUUGAAGCCAACUAUGGUAAGACCUGGAAGAUUCCUAUAAAGAUAUGGGACUGGAAGAACUCUCCCCCCAAUGUGCAGUCCAAUGGAAUCUGGCCUAUUUCUGAGUGGGAUGAGGUCAUCCAGUUGUACUGAAAUAAUAAGUUGAAAUAGGAGAAGCUUUUUCUUGAAAAAAAAAUGUUCGUAACUGUUUAAAAGACUACAUGUCUAUUUGUCAAACAUAAGCAGGAUCCAAAGGAAAAACAUGACAAGUUUUAAGACUGAAAGAAUCCUAACCCUUGAGCCAUCUGAUGUAAUUAUCUCAUUCAGCAUUCACUUAGUUUCUGUGUGUCAGAUAAAAUACUAGGUUACAGUGGAGAAGCAGAGACAAAUGAUCAAAUGCCUGCAUUGUUCCUGUCCCUUUGGUAAGCACCCCUGUUUUCCUUUGAUGGAAGUUUUCCACCUUUUGAAGAGCUGAAUUAGAAUAUAAUAUAUCCUAUAAUUUUUUUAAAAUGUUAAGUAAUUCUUGGACUGGAAGAUGAGCUUAUCAGGCAAAGCUAAUGAAUGGUAUAUUCAUGAAAAAGAACAAUGUAUUCCUGUUCUUAGUGUUGAAGCUUGUAUAAUAGUGCUACCUUUAAGAAUGUGGCAUCUGAGUUAAUUUUCAAGUGAUCAGACUUUAGGUAGCAUCAGGAAAAGAUUGUUGCAGACUCAUUUGACAAGCCAUAUGAUGCAAAUUGAUUUAGAGCAUAGGGUAUUAUUCUAUAAGGGAAGGUGGGAGCUCAUUUUGAGUUUUGUCAAGAUAAGUAAAUUUCAUAUAUUUACUAUUUUCAUAUUUGAAGUGAGAAGAAAGCUGAUGCUUUUGUGAUACUUAAAUUUUCAACUAUGGUGAGAAUAUUUUCAUUGACCCUUGAUGCACUUGUUGGUAUAUUAUUCAAGCAAGACCAUGCUACCAGACAUGAUUUUGAAGAGAUGUGAUUUCACAAAACUCACUUUCCUAUUUCACUCUCAACCACUGUCUUAGGUAAGAAUAUGAACUAUUCAUGGACAUCUUCUAUUUUCUCAGUUUAUAACCCUUGCAUUUCCAAAUUAGUGUUGACCCUAAGAUAUUAAUAGAAAUACCUCUAAUUUUUCUAAAUUUACCCUUCAUUGUAUUUAUUCAUCAGUCACAGCUCCUUAUCUUUAAUUUAUACACAAUAAACUAAUUUAAGUGGCAAAAAGCUGUUCUUUUUCCUCUUCUAAAACUGCUUCAGAUCUCCAAAAUGAAAGGUAAAUAAUGAACCUGACAACUAUUCCCCAUCCUGGACUAUACUGUUUAUAAAGCUGUGUCUCUCUCUCUCAUUGUUCAAUCUAUGGAGUAUCUAUGGGGCAAGAACUCAGACUUCCCUGCUUUCUCAAGUACCGUCUACUUUGGAACCCUUCAUUCCCCUGCCCAUUUCAAGAUAUACCCCUGAGUGGGCUGGGAUGACUUCCCUAUCUCUUUACUAGUAGUCGCUUGAAUGAUGUAUUCUCUUGAGUGAUAAAGGGAAAUGCAGGUACAGUGAGCCUCGGGAAAAGAAGCUAAGUCUCAUAUCUUAUCUGUGCUACUUAAAACUGUCUUCUGGGCUGACAUGGUAGACUUUUUUCUGUAACAAGAAUAACAGGUCUUAAUUUGAAAAACAACAUGAAGAUUUUCUUUGAUGGAUGGUAACCAACAUUCUAUCUCUCCUAGGAUGCAUUCUCAAUGUAAAAUCAUUGGGUCUUUUCAUAAAUAAACGGGUUUUCAGGGAUCUUUAUAGAUUACCAGCAGUACCCAAAUGAUAGGUUAUCGUAAUCAUCUUUCUCUUUGUUAGAAAAUCAGCCCAUAGACUAUAAAUCAAGUUUUAAAUAUCCAACUCUAAUUUCAUUUUUCACACCCCAAAACAAUAUAAGAGAUAAUAAUUGUGUUCUUGGGUAAAAUCCACUCUACUUAGAGUGCUGUUUCUUUGUGCUUGGCAUCUGGAACUCCAUAUUCUUCACAUUCCUGCCUAAAUUGGGGUUUCCAAAUGUUUGCCAGGAAAUCCUUCCCAACAAGUUCAUGUUGUUUCUCUUGUAUCUGUCUCAGGAGUAUGAGAUUUGGAAAUGUGAAAAAACAAGAUAUCUUAGUCCAGUUGGUAAAUAUUCCAUAUUCUUCCUUACAUAGAUCAAGGCUGCUGAGAUACCUUGUCUUCCUUCUGGUUUUACAGACGGCUUUAGCUCUUGGGCUCCAUUCUAAUUUGGAGAAAUGAAAGCCUUUCCCCAGAAUAUGAAUAGAGCUAAACUUACCUCUGAUACUGAUUCAGCGUUACUUCAGCCUGUGCUUCUUAACAUUUGAACUUGGCUGAGUGUUCAGAGACCCUGAGUUAAGUGUAUCCCUCAUCAAUAUCUCAUCAGAUCACUUUUCUUUCCUUACUUAAGUAUUCCAGCAGUCAUUUUCCUAAUCUGAUCAUUUUCAGUUCCAGUUUGCCUGGUUUACCCGAAGAAAACCUCUUAUAUUAACUUAUUGGUAUUUAGACACUGUGAAUGUUUCCAGAACGAUCCUGAGAAGCAAGAACAGUCAACUGAGUUGCAAGUUGACAAUCAGUCCACUGAGAAAGCCUUUCAGUCCUUCUCUAAGCUUGAGCAUUUAUCCUUAUCCUCCAUCUACUCCAACAACUGAUUCCUGGCCCCUGGAAUAAAAUAGUAAGUUCCCCAAAUUGAGUAUUCCUAAUAGCUGAGCAGUGAGAAUGCAGGUUUCCCUGAUUCCCUAGCUACAAACCCUGAAAAGUGAACACUAGGUAAUAAAAUACAUGCCAGCAUCCCCCCAAAUAACUUAACAUUUAAGUGAAAAUCAUCCUGCUCUUGAAUCUUUAAAACCAAAAGGAGCUUUAGUGCAAUAUUCAUUGUAACUCUCUUAUUUUAUAACUAGUAAAUAAGAAAUAUUCUGAGCAAGAAACAGCUGAAGCUAAAACACAAGAGUGCCAUGACAUCUAGUCCAGUGUUUCUUUCAUUACUUACAUCCCCAUACAACAUCUUUGACCCUUUCAAAAUGCUUGACAGAGGAGUUACCCAGUGUUCAAUGAUAUAGUUUCAGGGUUUUUUGCCAUUCCCCACUUAAUAUCUUUUUGCUCCGGUUGAAACCCCAAGGUGACAAAGAGGUUAGGGAAGGAAUGUUUCUUUGUUGUCCAAAAUUUUUAGGCUACCUUCUUUAUCUGAAAAAAAAAAAAAAAAAAAAAAAAAAAAAAAAAA